CAGGGCAAUCAGAAUGACCUCAUCUUAUUGGUCACAUUGUAUGGUGCGAAUGCGGAAGUGAAGCGUUAGACUGGUUGUUGACACGAUGAUCGGAGAUUUGCUGCUAUUUGGGACCUUGUUAGUGAAUGCAGGAGCUGUGUUGAAUUUCAAGCUCAAAAGGAAAGAAUCACAUGGAUUUGGAGAUGAGUCUGGGGGUCCAACGACAGGCGACAACAUUCGUGAGUUCCUGCUCAGCCUGCGAUACUUUCGUAUCUUCAUUGCUCUGUGGAACAUCUUCAUGAUGUUCUGCAUGAUUCUAUUGUUUGGAUCGUGAACAACUGUGGCUGUAGCUGGACUACCACCUGGUGACUGAUUUUUCAAGAUGGAUGCUCACAAUUCCCUGUUGUUUUUUACCUUUAAUUGUUUCUUUGCUUCUUAACAGCCUGUACAACUCGACAACAAUUGUCAUAUUUAUUUCAUCCUACAUAACUAAAAGGUUCAACAUUUGUCAUGGGCUUCUAUUGUGUCAUUGUAUCAUUGCAUAAAAUGAAAAGACAGUCUUGUCUGUUUAGUUGACCUAUUUUUAAAGUAUAAACCAACACAAUAAUAAGUAAAGAAGAAUUUGGUAUAAGCAGUUCUUAGUUGUAUGCUUAAGUUUUCUAUUUUUGUGACACACUGAAAGAUCAUUAAGUCCUUGUUUCUUUAUGAUCGACAACUUUAAAUGGAAUUUUGUCCUAUGCUUAAGAUUUUCGGGUGUUUUGUUUAUUGAUGCGUUACGUAUAGCUUCUCAAAGUACAAGUAUAUAUGUUCAAUUCUACUACUGUGGACCUCUAUGUAAAUGUUUGCUAUUAAAUGCAUGAGAAAUAAAUUACUAUUACGUAUUUA